AUGGCCGCCCCCGUCCGCGCCCGCGAGGCGCCAUCUUGCCGUACGGAAGCCGUCUCGGACACGCCCUCCCGACGCGCAUGCGCGCUGCCCUGCGGCCGGGAGGGGGCUUCUGGGCCGCGCAACGGCGGGAAGAGGCGAAGGAAGCGGCGGCGGAGAGAGGGAGGGAGAGAGGAGCCGCCACCCCGGCUGACGCAGCCGCCGGGCCAGUUUGUCGGGUUCGAGUUCUGGAAGCAGCUGUGUGCCGAGCACGGCAUCAGCCCGGAGGGCAUCGUGGAAGAGUUCGCCACGGAAGGCACCGACCGCAAGGAUGUCUUCUUCUACCAGGCCGAUGAUGAGCACUAUAUCCCACGGGCUGUUCUCCUGGACCUGGAACCGCGCGUCAUUCAUUCCAUCCUGAACUCUCCGUAUGCUAAGCUGUACAACCCGGAAAACAUAUACCUGUCUGAGCACGGCGGCGGGGCUGGGAACAACUGGGCCAGUGGCUUUUCACAGGGAGAAAAGAUCCAUGAAGAUAUCUUUGACAUUAUAGACAGAGAAGCUGAUGGCAGUGACAGUUUGGAGGGUUUUGUGCUGUGCCAUUCCAUCGCAGGUGGGACUGGAUCGGGCUUGGGUUCUUAUCUCCUCGAGAGAUUGAAUGACAGGUACCCUAAGAAACUGGUGCAGACGUACUCGGUCUUCCCCAACCAAGAUGAGAUGAGUGAUGUGGUGGUGCAGCCCUACAACUCCCUCUUGACGCUCAAGCGGCUGACCCAGAAUGCUGAUUGUGUGGUGGUCCUAGACAACACAGCUCUGAACCGCAUUGCUACUGACAGGCUGCACAUCCAGAACCCCACUUUUUCCCAGAUCAACCAGCUGGUCUCCACCAUCAUGUCAGCCAGUACGACCACCUUACGUUAUCCCGGCUACAUGAACAACGAUUUGAUUGGACUCAUUGCCUCCCUCAUCCCCACCCCCAGGUUGCAUUUCCUGAUCACGGGGUACACGCCUCUCACCACGGACCAGGCUGUGGCCAGUGUGCGCAAAACCACCGUCCUGGAUGUCAUGCGGCGACUCCUGCAACCCAAGAACGUCAUGGUAUCCAUGGGGCGGGACCGGCAGACAAACCACUGUUACAUCGCUAUCCUCAACAUAAUCCAGGGGGAGGUGGACCCCACUCAGGUCCAUAAGAGUUUGCAGCGAAUCCGUGAGAGGAAGCUGGCCAAUUUCAUCCCCUGGGGCCCGGCCAGCAUCCAGGUGGCGCUCUCCAGGAAGUCCCCGUACUUGCCUUCGGCUCAUAGAGUCAGCGGACUGAUGAUGGCUAAUCACACCAACAUCUCCUCGCUCUUUGAACGCACCUGCCACCAAUAUGACAAACUGCGCAAGCGCGAAGCCUUCCUGGAGCAAUUCCGCAAGGAAGACAUAUUCAAGGAGAACUUUGAUGAACUUGAUGACUCCCGCAAGGUUGUCCAGGAGCUGAUUGACGAGUACCAUGCCGCCACGCGGCCUGACUACAUCUCCUGGGGUACGCAAGAGCAGUGAGCGGGCUUUGCUGGUUCUCUGGCUGGAGGCUGGACUAUCUCGCUCUCCGGGAAGCAUCAAGGCUCCCACAAGCAGACAGCCACCUCCGUUUCUGCAACCCAGGUGGUGGGGGGAGAGGGCUCCCAAGAGGAGUCCCUGAGUUGGAACAGUCUGUGUGGCUGUCGAGCUGAGCCUCUCCUCCUGCCUCCUGUUCCCUUGAGGAGCCAGGCACUUUGUGUGCGUGUCUUACUAGAGCUGGUGAAAACCAUGUAUUUGCUUAAAGUAGGACUCACUGGGCCUCGUAAGAUUUUUCCUGUUUGUUCCCUCCACUUCUCUCGUGAAUGUGGUUCAUUAAAUGUUUUCCUUCCUGCAACGGGAUUUAUUUGAACACACAUGUUGCUGAUGGACUUGGGCCCUUCUGCAGACCAGUGAAACGCCUUUCUGUAUUUAAAACAAAAAAACCCUAAGCUUGUAUUUCUGCACGUGGUGCCCCUGGCCAUCUUGCGUUGCUCUCUGUCUCUGAGACAGUAAAUGUGUUUCAGCUGCACGUGGGCUAGUGGGCAAGGCCGUGAGCAGCAGGGGUGCGGAGGGUGCAGCUCCUUUGUGGGAUCUGGGAAGAGACCUCUUCUGGUCGACACUCGACAGCGGGCGUGUGGGCACAGACACGGGCAGACUGGUUGAGAACUAGGGGCAUGAUCUCGGAGGCCAGUGACAGGGAUGGAAUUUGGAGGCCUCUGUCCCAAAGACCAUCUUCACUCCCCCCCCC